AAAAGAUUCUUUAGCCCUUUUCUUCGCCAUCGUGGUGUGUGCGGUACCCUCUCUUCCUCGCCAUGUCUUCUCACAAGACUUUCAGGAUCAAACGAUUCCUGGCCAAGAAACAAAAGCAAAAUCGGCCCAUUCCCCAGUGGAUUCGGAUGAAAACUGGUAAUAAAAUCAGGUACAACUCCAAGAGGAGACAUUGGAGAAGAACCAAGCUGGGUCUAUAAAGAAUUGCACAUGAGAUGGCAUACAUAUUUACCAAUUAAUCAUGUUACCGUAUCAAGCUGAAAAUGUGGACACGUAUUGGGGAAAUUCUUUAUUUCUGUGCUCUGCACAAGUGGAUUAAUCAUGUAAUAAAUUACAAGUAAAUAAA